CAUGAGGUUGGCUGAGAGUAAGAGUACUCUCGCUCUCAAAAGCGAAGAAGACGAAGAGCAGAGUCUUCUUUAGAAACAAAAAUAUCCCGAUGCUCUUAUUUUUCCGGCCUUUCCUCCUCUAUUCUCUUCUACUCUUCCGAUUGCUUGAUUUUUUUCAUGCAAUCGCGCUCAGCCGCUACCGACCGUGAAAAAGACCUCGGCGCUGCGCCGAAGCCGUCUUCCGAGAAAGGAAAACCUUGCAUUCCUUAAGCCAAGCCAAAGCCGGCUUCAUGAAGCCGCAGCCGUUAUACCCCACCAUCAAUCCCAAGAUCCAUAUGUUUUCCGGCAGCUCUUCGCGCCAGGACCCGGAAGUCAUCGAUCUCACGCCGUCGCCGGGCCUGCAAGGAUCCAGCCGACAGAAACGCAAGCAGAAUCAAGUUGCUCCCCAUGACAUAAUUGAAAUUGAUGAAGAUGAAAAUCCACCGGGAGUUGUGAUCACUGGGGCGAAGGAUAAUACAAUUCUUAAGAAAAAGGCAGCAAUGGAAUCCCAUAAGAAUUGGCAAAAGGAAAUAAAGGAUGCUUUGGCCAAUGCCCCUUGGAUUCCCCUCGAAAAUCUUGGGUCGGGGUCACAGGAUUUAAACUAUUCCGAUAUAAUGGAUAUCAUUGAUUACAAUUUUUUAGGCACCCAACUUGAUGCCAUAGACCUGCCUCCUUGGGUGGAGACUUCAAUCCCUUCUUUGCAGAAGCCUGCAAAUCCGGAGCUAAGUACGAGCUGUUCAGGAGCCCCGAGUCAGCCAAGUUCAAGCAGGCCAAGGGAGGAGACUGGAGAUGAAACUGCGACAAAAUUUAGACUGUUUAAGCAAUUUGAUAUGGUUCAUGAUUAUUCGGACCAUCAUUAUACAGGAUCGCAUCAACCAAGUAGAGAGAGUUUCCUUGGAGGCUCUUUAACAAAGAAGGCACCAAUUGGAUGGACAAAGAAAAUUCAUCAAGAGUGGAAGAUUUUGGAGAAAGAUUUACCAGAGUCGAUAUAUGUUAGAGCUUACGAAGAGCGGAUGGAUCUUUUGAGGGCUGUCAUUGUAGGAGCUGCUGGAACUCCCUACCAUGAUGGCCUUUUCUUCUUUGACAUUCUCUUUCCUCCCAGCUAUCCUUCCAUGCCGCCGCAUGCAUACUACCACUCCGGCGGCCUUCGGUUGAACCCAAACCUGUACGCAUGCGGGAAGGUCUGCCUUAGUCUUCUGAACACAUGGACUGGCAGUGUGAGCGAAAAAUGGACCCCGGGAAAAUCAACCAUGCUGCAAGUCCUGGUUUCCAUCCAAGCUCUCGUGCUUAAUGCGAAGCCCUUCUUUAAUGAGCCGGGAUAUGCAAUGAUGGCUGGCACGCCUAUGGGAGAGGAGCGAUCAUUGGCUUACAAUGAGGAAACAUUUCUCCUUUCCUGUAAAACAAUGUUGUACACACUGCAGAGGCCGCCAAAGCAUUUUGAGGAUUUUGUAGUGGGCCAUUUCCGCGAGCAUGCACACUCUAUUCUAGAGGCUUGCAAAGCAUAUAUGGACGGUGCUCAAGUCGGCUGUCUUGUUGGUGGAGGGGUGCAGGAUGUAGAUGAGGGUGACAAAAGUUGCUCCUCGAAAUUCAAGACCCAGCUAGGUCAGCUCUUCCCAAGGCUCGUGACCGCAUUUGCUGAAAAUGGAGCUGAUUGCAGACAGUUUCUUGUUCAAGCAGGCAAAGCUGAUACUACACUGAAGCUGACAGUGUCGAUAAAAUCCAUACAUCACAGUGGGCCCCUCAGAGCCUUGUCUGUGCCGAGCUCGCGACAGUCUGGGGUAGUACCCAAACCGCGCCCCCCUCCGUCAACACCCACGCUCCUCUCUCCUCUACAAAUAGUCUCUUCUUCAAGCGCACUCCUCAGUUACCCCUCCAUCGCCAAAAUGCCAUCUCCAAUCCCUCCAUCAUCCCUUACCACCAAAUCAAAGGCCAAGAUCUCUUCAAUCAUCUCCAUGCCACACAAUCACAACCGUCCACAUCUCCUCCUCCCCAUCUUCCUUCUCCUCUCCAUCAUUUCCCUCACAACCUCCUCUUUUCCAAACAAAAUCUCCUAUCACCAACACUGCGACUCCAUUGUCCCUGAAUCCACAUCCACGGGCCCAGCACUCGACCCUUAUGGCUUCCUCCAACUCCAAUCCUCGUAUUUCACCGGCGGCGAAACCUUCUUCUCCUCUGAAACCCCCCAAUCUCAGUCCUUCUCCUAUCCCAAAUCCAUCUAUUUCCGUACAUCCAAAAUCCACCACACCGAAACCCCCGGCGUCUUGGAGAUCGAAUCAACCCUAAUCUUCCGCGGCGGGAACAUCUAUUCCGUCAGUAAUUCGACCGCCGUAUCUGUUGGACUCCGCCACUACCGAAGCGUCCGGCCCCACAGCCCCAGGGUUUUCCACCAGAGAGGGAAAGUCACCUUUGAAUUACGCGGGUUCUGGUCAGAAUCUUCUGGAAAGCUCUGCAUGGUUGGCACUGGCUUUGGCUACCCGAAAGAAGGUAAUCUGCUUGAUCUCUCCGCUGUUUUCAAGCUCAAUUAUCCUAAGACUUCGAACAUCACGACUAGUUUGGUUACGGGCACGGUGGAGAGCUUGGACGCAGUGGGCGAUUUGAACUACUUCGAUAAGAUUUCGGUGUUGGCGUUCGCCCAGAAGACAUAUGAGCAUACGUUGUUACAGCAGGGAGGGAGUGCGUGUAAUGGGAGCAAGGGUGGGGAUGUGUCGCUUGAAUUGGAGUCAAGCAUAUGUGGGAUGUUAGGAAGUAUGGGGAGUAAGGGGUUUCAAUUGGAAUACGAGGGCAAUUGUAGUAAGAAGAAUUGUAGUAUUUUCGAUGGGAGGGAUGGGUCUUUGCCUAGUUUCAUGACUAUUGGCGGGUUACAGUGUUCUGAUAACGUAACACUGCAGAUGUCUCUGCAGUUUUCGAAUUCGAGUCCUUUCUCUUAUUAUGCUGCUUUGGCUCCGGAAACAUUGUUAGUCAGCGAGGGAGUUUGGGAUAGGGAGAAGAAUCGGGUCUGUUUAAUGGCUUGUCGGGUGUUGAAUUCCAUGGGUUCUUUGGAGAAUACAACUGUCGGGGAUUGCUCGAUCGGGUUGUUUUUGAGGUUUCCAAAGACCUUGUCAGUCAGGGUGAGGAGCUUUGCAUUGGGACGUAUUUGGAGUACCAAAAAGGUGAAUGAGUCCGGUUAUUUUGAUAGUAUUGGGCUUCGGAGUUUAGAGAAUCGGAUGACGGGUGCUUCAGGUCAGAGGUAUGAGUAUAGUGAAUUGGGUCACCUGCGUGAAUCAUGCAGGAAAAAGGAGGUCAAGAAGCUGGGCAAGAGAUAUCCAGACGGGUAUUCGUUUGAGGACAUGAGAUUUGACAUUUCUGUGGAAAAAUCGCAGGGGAGAAUCACUUGGGGUUAUUUAUACCCGCUGACGGUAGGUGAUAUGUUUUAUUAUAACCCUGAUGCAGAGUCUCUGACCCAAAUGGCUGCAGGUGAAGUUCAAGCAUCGAACCGCAGCCUGCUGAAUGUCAGCUAUAUGGUUAGCUUUACGGGGUCGAAUCAUGAAUGGAGCGGGCUUUCUUUGAACCAAACGUUUUCUGAUUUGAAUAUGCCAAUAGACAUUUCCGCAGAAGGUGUCUAUGAUGCUGAAACAGGAAUCCUGUGCAUGGUUGGAUGUCGGUAUUUGGGUUCAGGUGUAGCUAAAAAAAAUAAUACUGUGGACUGUGAAAUUCUCAUCAAUGUUGAGCUUGCUCCAUUCGAUCCAGAGGCUGGGAAAAGUCUAAAGGGCACCAUUAAAAGUACUCGUGAAAAGUCAGACCCGAUUUACUUUGAACCUUUGCAAUUGUUUUCAAAUGUUAUAUAUGCCUCAGAAGCCAUAGGAACAAUCAGGAGAAUGGAUCUCGAGCUAAUCAUGGUUCUCAUCUCUCUCAUGCUUGCAUGUGUUUUCAUUGGGUUGCAGCUCUUGCAUGUGAAGAAGCACCCUGACCUGCUUCCCUCUAUAUCACUUAUGAUGCUUGUUGUUCUUACUCUUGGGUACAUGAUCCCUUUAGUUCUGAACUUCGAAGCAUUUUUCUUCAGCAACCGCAACCGGCAGAAUGUACUGCUCUGGAGUGGUGGUUGGCUUGAGGUGAACGAAGUUGUAGUGAGAGUAGUUACGAUGAUAGCUUUUCUGUUACAAUUUCGUCUUCUCCAGUUAACAUGGUCUGCAAGAUUGGCUGAGGAAGGCAAAAAGUGCUUGUGGAUUGCUGAGAUGAAGGCCCUGUGUUUGUGUUUGCCAUUAUAUAUUGUUGGAGGCCUGGUUGCUUUGUUUACCCACCAGAAGAUGUACGAAGAUACGCAGUUGAAAGCCCCCUUUGAUGGUUUCAUUGCCGAUUCCCAGCAUUCUAUUUGGGAGGAUCUGAGAUCUUAUGCUGGCUUGAUUCUUGAUGGUUUUCUGCUCCCUCAGGUUCUACUAAAUCUGUUUUUGGACUCAAAAGAGAAGGCUCUCGCCCCUUUCUUUUACAUCGGAACUACCAUUGUUAGGUCACUGCCGCAUGCAUAUGAUGCUUAUAGAGCUCAUGAAUAUGCACCCCGUUUCAAUUCAUCAUACAUUUAUGCUAACCCAAAUGCGGAUUUGUACUCCCCCGCAUGGGAUAUCAUUAUUCCUUGUGGUGGAUUGCUAUUUGCUAUCCUGGUCUACUUGCAGCAGCGGUUUGGUGGCGCUUUUAUCCUUCCACUGAGAUUUAGACGAUCUGCUGAGUAUGAGAAAGUUCCGGUAGUUGGUGAUCAGGCAUUGUAGACGCAUGAGACAUGAAGGUGGCUUUAAUCAGGUAUGAAAAAAGUUCUAAUUUGUGGCAAGCUCCUAUCUCUGCAAUUACUGCUAGAUCUUUCCGUGUGUGCACUCAAGAAAGUCUUGAAGAUUGUGGUUGCUGAAUUUGUUCUCGUUUUCUCUACAUCGUAUUUUGGAUAUAGAAGUGAGAGGAUGAAAUGUAUAAAUUCUCUCUCAGGUUGUAGCUUACUUCAAGCAAUAUUUACUUUCAGCUUCCAAUCACUUUUGUUAGAAUGUGACCGUAAUCACUCUCUCAUGGGUAUAACUAUUGAAAGUUGCCUCA